UCAUCCAUACAUAUUCUUAUGUAGUAUUUAAUAAAAUAUUUCUAAAAGAAAAUCAAAGUGGGAAGCAUGCACAGUAGCACACUGACUUGCUAAAACCUGGUUAUUUGUGGGACGUGGGUUGUGAUCUUCUUUCUUUUGAUCAGUCGUGAAAGGAUUUUCUUUCUUCUUUAUCUUUCAAAAGAAGGAGUUUUUUUUUUUUUGUUUUCCUUUUUUUUUUUUUUUGGGAUAUAGUCUUUGCUCCUUUCUCUCUUCCCUCUAAGCUCUCCCUCCAUUUCAGGCCGGGCACCAUAUACUACCCCUAUAUAUAAAGAGCCCUGUCUCUUUGCUUCUGAAACUCACCCAGGCCUUCAUCUCCUCCUUUUUAUAGUGCAUCGCUAGUGUGUAUUAUUCGGUUAGAGAGGAAAUGAUGAAAUUGCCUCCAGGUUUUCGUUUCCAGCCUACAGAUGAAGAGCUUGUCUUUGAGUACCUCAAACGCAAAGUUCUUUCAUGGCCGUUGCCUGCUUCAAUCAUCCCUGUCAUCAAUCUCUGCAACUACGACCCUUGGGAUUUGCCUGGUGAUAAAGAGCAAGAGAGGUACUUCUUCAGCCACAGGGAAGCCAAGUAUCGAAAUGGAAACAGAAUCAACAGAGCAACUGCUUCUGGGUACUGGAAGGCAACUGGCUUAGACAGACAAAUUGGUCCUUCACACAAGAACACUGCACUGGGGAUGAAAAAGACUCUGGUUUUUUAUAGAGGCAAGGCUCCCCAUGCGUUAAGAACUGAUUGGAUCAUGCAUGAAUAUCGUCUUGUUAGUGUAGGAGAUGUAGCUUCCAAUAGUUUUCCACUGACAAAGAACUCAGCCCAGAAUUCUUGUGAUGAAAUUGAGAAGUGGGUUCUAUGUCGAAUAUAUUUGAAGAAAAGAAAUAGUGAGAUAGAUGAGAAUUGCGAGGAUGAGAGAGUGGAGAAUGCGGCCGUGACGUAUGAUCAGCGCAGAUUUUUCUAUUUUACGAGGAGAGAUGAGAUUGUUUUUGAUUCUGUUUCGUCCUCUUCGUCAUCUUCAAGCUCAAGUGGCAUCACUGAGGUCUCUUCAAAUGGAGAGGAUCUUGAUGAAGAAAGCAGUAGUAGUAGUUGCAAUUUUUUCUGACAUUCUGCAAUUGCAAACUCCGAAGAGAGCUAUAUAUAUAUAUAUCAAGCUUUUUUCAUCUUAAUUGAAUUGGUUUCUCGUGUAUGACGAAAAUGUAAAUUAUAUUAUUGAAAGCAAAAUAUAUCCACAAACAAUGGAGGUUGGAUAUUA